CCCUUAAAGCACCAGCGGCAGAAGAGGCCACGCCCAUCCAGCUUAAAGCCACCCCCACAGACAGCGAGGCCACGCCCAUACGCGAAACGAUCUCGGACCGGUCUCGGGCCCGGAGGCGCCAAGGCCGCGCCCAAGGCCCCGCUCAGGGCCCCGCUCAGGACUCUGGGGCCGGCGGCGGCGGCGGGGAAGAACGAUGUCCCCCGAAAGGCAGCGACAGUGGCGGCUGCUCCUCGGACAGGCUCUGCCACGCGCACCACGGCCCCGGCAGCCGGGAAGGGCCCCCCCAAGCGGCCGCCCUGGGACCUGCGGGGGCAGCUGGGGGAGCUGCGGGAGGCGCUGGGGGAGGCCCAGGGGAGGCUGCAGCAGCUGGACACGGAGAAAAGGGACCUGGAGAGCGGCAACAGAGAGCUGAGAGACAGGCUGGAGCAGCUGCAGAGGGAGCUGGGCGAGAGGGAGAGCAGGGAGAGCAGCCUCAACACCAGGAUUGGCUCCCUGGAGUCGGAGGUGUCGCGGUUCCGCGCGGAGCUGCAGCAGAGCCAGGGCCUGGUGCAGGCGCUGCAGGCCGAGAAACUGCGGCUGCAGGCUGAGGAGGAGCAGCGGCGGCAGGAGCGCGACCAGGCCCGGGGCCAGGCACAGGCCGUGCUGGAGCAGCUGGAGAACACUGAGGCCCGGCUGCAGCAGGCGCAGCAGCAGCUGCAGCAGCAGCUGGAGCAGCUGGCGGCGCUGCGGGAGCUGGAGGCGUCGCAGCGGGCGCUGCUGGCCGAGCACGAGGAGCGCAUCCACCUGCUGGAGAUGGAGCGGCGCCGCCUGCACAACGACAUCCAGGAGCUCAGGGGUAACAUCCGGGUGUUCUGCCGCGUGCGGCCGCUGCUGCCCGAGGAGCGCGAGCGCCAGCGGGGGCUGCCCCACCUGCACUUCCCUGCGCAGGAACCGCGGAGCCUGGUGCUCACCCGGCCUGAUGAUUCUCAGGUGGGGCGGGAGCGGCGCGCGGAGCUGCGCUACGACUUCAGCUUCGACAGAGUCUUCCCCCCUGGGGCCUCCCAGCAGGAAAUCUUCCAGGAGAUCCAGCUGCUGGUCCAGUCAGCCCUGGACGGGUACCCCGUGUGCAUCUUCGCCUACGGCCAGACGGGCAGCGGGAAGACGUUCACCAUGGAGGGCCCGGAGCCGCCGGCGGCGCCGGAAUCGCGCGGGAUGAUCCCGCGGGCCGUGCGCCACCUGUUCCUGGGCGCGCGCGACCUGGCGGGCAAGGGCUGGCAGUACCGCUUCUCCGCCAGCUUCCUGGAGAUUUACAACGAGGCGCUGCGGGAUCUGCUGCUGGCCAAGGGCGAGCGCGGCUCCGAGCUGGAGAUCCGGCGGCUGGCGCCCGGCAGCGACGAGCUGCACGUGCCCAACCUCACCUGGGUGCCCGUGGAGAGCGAGGAGCAGGUGCUGGAGCUGCUGCUCCGGGCGAGCUCCCAGCGCUCGGUGGCUCGGACGGGGCUGAACGAGCGCAGCUCCCGCUCGCACUCCGUGUUCCAGCUGAGGAUCCAGGGGGAGCACGGGGCCAGGGACCUGCGCUGUGCCUCCUCGCUGACCCUGGUGGACCUGGCGGGUUCGGAGCGAUUGGAGAAGUCGGGCUCGGUGGGGAACCGGCUCAGGGAGACCCAGAGCAUCAACUCCAGCCUGAGCGCCCUGGGGCUGGUCAUCAGCGCCCUCUGCAACAAGGAGCCGCACGUGCCGUACAGGAACAGCAAACUGACUUUUCUGCUUCAAAACUGCCUGGGAGGGCAUGCAAAAGUGUUGAUGUUUGUCACCAUUUCCCCCCUGGAGGAGAAUUUUGGGGAAUCCCUGAACUCGCUGCGCUUCGCCAGCAAGGUGAACGAGUGCAUGAUCGGCACCGCCCAGGCCAACCGGAAGUGACGCAAUCCGUGGGGCGGCUCCUUCCCGCCUUUUUAACGCAACAACCAAUAAAGAUUCGCCUUUACUCUGA